AUGUCUCCCGUGGAUCCACCCACCCGUUGCCAACGUUUAACGUAUUGGUUUGUCAUUUUCAAAGCCAAUCUUGUCAACUUUCUAUCGAAAUAUAUAGACAUUGAGGACUUUUAUAAAUCCGACUAUGUUGACAUUGCAAGGAAGAUCAAUUUGGUUUCGUGUCCCUCUAUUGUUGUUGCUUUCUUAACAUUUGCUAUAGAAAAACCACUUGACUUCGACAGUUACAUCUUUCUAAAAAUGAAGGAACCCCUAUUCAAAAUGUUCUUCUUGAUUAUGAGUGGAAUUGUUGUAUGUUUAAACCCAAUCACUCUUAUUGCUGGUGUGAUGGAAAUGGCAGGUGGGUUGUUUUACACGUAUUUGUUCUACAAAGGUGAGUUGAUACGAACGUCGGACUUCAUAGUCAGAGUGACUGAAGAUGAUAUUUCAAAUCUGGAUGGGAUUCUUCCAGACGAACAGAAAGAUGUAGAGGAGUGA